GAAGAAGAAGGGACAUUUGGUUUACUACUACUCCGGGCUGAGCUCAGUCAUGAUCAAACUUAGAGCAACAUAUAUCUAUGGAGACGUGGUAGCAAGAAUAAUUAAUCUAGCUAGAUGAAUACAUCUAUGAUUUGAAAAUGUCAACUCAAUAUAGUAAAUGAAGAUCGAGGAAGAGCACGAGAAGAGAAGCCAUAUGGUAUUUAGGAGGAAAAAACUACAUGGGUCGCAAAUCGAGAGAGCUCUAGGACACACAGUCUCAUCAAGAGCAGUGCUGGAAAGUGUCACUGCCAGAAAGGUUUUGAAGGUGUCCCACGUGCAAAGCUGCUGGAUGGGAACGCUCGGACGCAACGAGCCGCUGGAGCACCUGAACUCUCCAAAAAGAGCAAAAGAAUUCAUCUACAGCCUUCACCCCAAAGAAAGAACAUGUUUACUCAAAGAACUGCAGAGCUUUGAGUCCAUAGCUAUAGCACAAGAGACUCAAGAGACUUCACCACUUACUCAAGCUCAGAUCAGAUAUGUGCUCCUACACAAUGCAAUCCCCUUCAUUGGUUUUGGCUUCCUGGACAAUGCCAUCAUGAUUGCAGCAGGAACCCAUAUUGAGUUGUCUAUAGGGGUCACCUUUGGAAUAUCGACCAUGGCAGCUGCAGCUCUUGGGAACCUGGUUUCAGACCUGGCAGGACUUGGUCUUGCAGGAUACGUAGAAGUUCUAGCUUCCAGGCUAGGGAUGCAGGUUCCUGACUUGACCCCCAAGCAGGCGGACAUGUGGCAGACCAGGGUUAGCUCCCACAUGGGAAAAGGCAUUGGAGUCACAAUCGGAUGCAUUCUGGGAAUGUUCCCCCUGCUAUUCCUAGGGGAUGAUGAUGAGCGCAAGAAAAAAGAAGCACAAACCAACACCACUGACUCUUAACAGCAUGUGAACCAUCUUUCUGGUUUCGAGUCAAUUACAACAUGCAUCAUCAGCAUGAUUUAAGUUGAUCUCUAACUCUGAAAACCUUUCUUCUCUAUUUCAUAAUAUAUGCCACUCUUAUCCAAAGUGACUUAGUCAUGGGUGCAUACAUUUUACGUACGGGUGGUCCCGGUAAUCGAACCCACUAUUCUGGCGUUGCAAGCGCCAUGCUCUACCAACUGAGCUACCAGAUAAUCUUCUGAAAAUGUAUUAUGAGCCAUUAGGCUUAUAAAGUAGUUGCAUUUGAUGGCAAGGUAUUUUCGUAGGAUGGAUUUCGUUGAUGAGUUGAACAUUUGUUUGAUUAAUUUAAACCAAUGUAUGUGAUCGUCAUGAGUCAUUGCAAGUUACUCAUAGACUCAUCCCUGUUGGCCCACUGGACUACACUGCAGUCAAUCGGUUUACAUUUAUCAUGGAGUCGUUGAAAGCUGAAAUGAAAACACAAAUCAUGGUGUCAGUCUUCAAGUUUCACAAUUUUGGCAAAAGAUAAAACCAAGGAACACGUGUAAAAUUAAAUGCCAUCGAGGUAGCAGUUUUGUUCUGAUUGAAACAACGGGUUGAACUAGCUUGUACAUUAUAGAUUAUUUUCAAAGGAUACGUCUUUUGUUGAGGAAUUUCUGUACAACAUAUGAAGCUUUUAACUUUAUUGAUUUUGUUUGUCAACAAGGAAAAAGGGAUUACUCUAGCAUUUGAAAAUCAGGUCACAAAUGCUGUUUAUAGCACUACCAACCCAGUUUUUCAGAUGCAUAAUUACAAACAUACCUCUACUAUACGCACACUACAUUGAGUAGGCAUAAUGCCUUGGGUUCCUAGCAUGUCAACAUCUUAAGUUGGCUAUCUAUUAGGCUAACUAUUGAUCCAUGUCUCUUAGCCUUCACAAUUAUUUUAGCAAAGCCAAAUCAUACCAUAGAAGUGCCUCAGUUUAUUUUCAUCACUUUUUUUUUUUUAACCUUUUUAAAAACAAGCACAUAAAUACUUUUUCACAAAAUAAAAUCUUACUUCAUGUUUGAAAGCGUCAUUUUUAGUCUGUACUACUUUAUUUUGGAGAAAUUAAGGAAACAGUUCAUGAAGUGAGCUGAACACUUAAGCGUAAAACUGCGCACUAACUACUGUAUGCCUUCUAAAACAGGUUGGAUUUAUGUGCACAGAAGAGAAGCAAUACAAUGUUUCUUAAAAUGCAAUUAAUGCACCUAUUAUUUCUUUGCCAAUAUUAUGGAGUUUUUGUAGGAUAGCUACGGAUUUGUGUUUCUGAUCGACAACCAUUUACUUAUGGUGGCCUAAAUCAGAUUUUGUUUAUAGAUGUAAUCAAACUAGUCAUAUUUAUUGUGUGAAAGACAUUCUUUGUUUUCUGUCUAUUUCUGUCAGUAUUAGUUUUCUCCGUUUGCCUUUUCUGAUUUCUGUAAAUGCAGUACUUAAACUGGAAUGCCCCUCACCACACUGCUGUAUUUCCUCACGAAAUUGUAAUGAAUGUAUUUAAUGACCCUUAUUAUUUAAACUAUUACUGCCAAAUGCAGCUUUGUUGUCACCAAAGUACUUGGCUGUAAAAAAAACUGUUGCAGCACAACCAGACUAAUAAGAAGGUGUAACAAAUGGUUUGAUCGUUUUGUUUGAAAGCAAUAAAUGUUCUGUUGUGGGUGAGUAGUA